UUUAUUCUUGAUACCAUGGUCAACGCGUCUAAUCUUCAUCAGCUUGCAUCUUCUCCCUCUACGCCUGAGGCUGGAUACACGCAACUUGUCGACUUUUGGACCACAGCUCUUCUCUCAGAUUGCUUGACUGUUAUUUGUCUCCCAGUGUCUUUUCUGCCACUUAGAAUCAACAAUUGGUGAUCGGGUGUUCAGGACGUAUUCAUAGCUUCUCACAACAUGCGCUGAAUAGUGUGCUUCAAUCCCAGAGGUUUGUAAGACACCCAGAUGUAUGCGUAAUCAAGCUGAUGUGGUGCGGUAACGUAUCAAACUACAGCCAGAGGUUAAUGCACACCUUGUGGAGCCGCUGUCAUCUCCGACAGGUGUGCGAAUGGGAGCAGAGCGGAUCUAAGUACGGCGCAAAGUACGUGCAUUUUCCGCGCAGACGGGCGUCCUGGUUGAGUGUGCAACUAUUUGAGCAAAACGCCGAGUGAAUGUAACAUGUGGAGCUGGAACGCGCGCAACAGAGAGCCGUGCACAUGAGGAAGAGCAGUCACCGCGCAAAUAUGGGACUUUCUGUGCUUUUCAGAUGGCUUGUAUUCACAGUGGUGGUACCCACCUGGCUUCUUGCUGCUCCAAGCGGCAUCCGGGAGCGGCCCUGCCCCCAGAGCUGUAGAUGUGAUGGGAAAAUAAUAUAUUGUGAAUCCAAUGCCUUCCGUGAUGUGCCAAACAAUGUGUCUGUAGGUACGCAGGGCCUGUCUCUUCGUUACAACAGCUUGGUAAACCUCAGAGCCCAUCAGUUUGCAGGCCUGAGCCAACUGGUGUGGCUCUACCUCGACCACAAUUACAUUAAUGCAGUGGAUGGCCAGGCUUUCCAUGGGAUAAGGAGGCUCAAAGAACUGAUUCUCAGCUCGAAUAAGAUCACACAGCUAAAAAACAACACGUUCCAUGAUGUCCCCAAUCUACGCAAUCUUGAUCUGUCUUACAAUAAACUGCAGGUUGUUCAGCUUAAUCAGUUCACAGGUUUACGAAAGCUACUCAGUUUACACUUGAGGUCAAACUCCUUAAAAACAGUCCCCAUGCGCGUUUUUCUUGACUGUCGCAACCUGGAAUUUCUUGAUAUUGGUUACAACAGGCUGAGGAGCCUCACACGUAACGCCUUUGCAGGACUCCUAAAGCUCAUCGAGCUUCAUUUGGAGCACAAUCAGUUUUCAAAGAUAAACUUUGCUCAUUUUCCCCGCUUGACAAACCUGAGAGCGCUCUAUCUGCAGUGGAACCGUAUCAAACUGCUAACCCAGGGACUGCCAUGGAUGUGGACCUCUUUGCAAAAGUUGGACCUCUCAGGAAAUGAGCUGCAAGUGUUGGAUCCAAGCACAUUUCAGUGCCUACCUAAUCUCCAGACCUUGAACCUGGACUCCAACAAACUCAGCAACAUCUCUCAGCAGGCAGUGGAAACAUGGAUCUCCCUGACCACCAUAAGUCUGGCUGGUAAUUUGUGGCACUGUAACCCCAACAUAUGCCCUCUGGUGUCCUGGCUUAAAGCCUUCAAGGGUAACAAGGAGACUACUAUGAUUUGUGCCAGCCCUAAGGAGGCACAAGGAGAGAAAGUAACAGAUGUGGUGGAGACUUACAACAUCUGUACAGCAACACCAACUCCUAUCCCCUCAACGACAUUGCCCUUCACUUCUGCGUUUCAGCCUGAACUGCCUCCUCUUCCCACACAGUCUGUGGUUGAUGAAAAGCUGACCUGGAAUAGGACAGCAUCUCCGAGUCCUUCUGAGGCCUCCCCCACCAUCACCUUGCCAGACACUGAGUAUGUGUCCUUCCACAAGAUCAUAGCUGGAAGCGUGGCCCUCUUCUUAUCCGUGGCUAUAAUUCUGCUGGUUAUAUAUGUCUCAUGGAAACGCUAUCCGAGCAGUCUUAAACAACUUCAGGAGCGCUCAGCAGUCAAAAAGCGGCAGAAAAAGACAUGGGAGACCGAGCGCUCCUUUAAUUCACCACUGCAAGAGUACUAUGUGGACUAUAAGCCUUCACACUCAGAGACUAUGGAUGUGCUGGUUAAUGGGACAGGACCUUACACAUACACCAUCUCAGGCUCCAGGGAAUGCGAGAUACCGCGGCAGCUGAGUCCCCUGACACUGUACAGGUGUGAGCAGUUGGUUCUGGAUUAUUGCCAUGCCCACCUGUCGCUGCAGCACAAUGUGGGCACGCAGCCCUCCACUCAGGCACUGGGAGGUCCACGGCCAGCCUUCUGCCACCCGAGCCUAAUGGCUGCCCUCCCAUCUGAGCCUGUGCUGCCUUGCCCCCAGACUUUCUCCCAUCACCAGUGAACUGAGCACACCGCCAGGCUUUGUCUCCAAACUACUGGAUUUCUGCUGCACAGAAUCAGUGGACUGUUUAAAUGACAUAAAAGGUUGUGUGGGAGGGACAUGGGACUGGUAAAGAAGCAAAGGAGAUAAUUAAUCUGCUGCAGAGUAUCCUGGACCCAGGGUAAUGAAAAUGAAACAAUUUUUCAGUGGAAAUAAAGGAGUGCAGCAGUAUUGAUUAGUGAGCAUCUGACCUACCUGACCCUCAGUGUCCUCAAUUAACAAAGGAGGCUGAACAGCAGCAUGACUUUCCACGUUCUGCUUUGCCUCUCGAGGAUUAUUAAAGGAUGAUAAUUUAAUGAUUUGUUAAUCUUAUUAAACACAUUUCCUCGGCUUUUCAUAAUCUGGGCACCUCUCUGCUGUGCAGGUAAAAUAAUGAAAUGCUAUAAACAGAGCAGGGGAACAGUGUGAUAAGCAGUUGAGUAGCAGAACAAAUGAAAGAUUGGCCAAGCUAAAAGUUUUUCUACUGCUUCUCGUGACCACGCUGUCAGUCAAGUUAAAACCUCUGACUGACAUCGUUUUCAAGCAAGGAGCCACUCAAGUUAGAUUACCUACAACACAAAAAACAAAUCGUAAUAUAACGAUUGCCACAUAAAAUGUACAGCCUACAGAAAUUGCUGGCACAACAGUAAGUAUAAUUUUCAUGUUAACUUUUGAUUUGUGCUGUUGAUCAUAUUUGAAUUCACAUAAUUGAGCUGAAAUAAACUAAGAAAAAUAAACAGCUAGACGCUGCAGUGGGAUGUUCAGUUUACUUUUCAUUGUCAUUAGAAUCACUCCUGUGGUUAAUGUUUUUUUAUUUUAUUUUAUUUUUUUAUAAUGUAUUAUUAAAGCAGUUAUCUGAUUGUGCACUCGUAUAUAUACAUGUGUGCUUUUUACAACCUGUUUCAUUAUAAUAUAUGGUAAAUAAACUGUGGUAAAUGA